UGGGAGACGGGCCGUCUGCGCAGGCAGAACAAGUUGGUCCCCGGUGCUGCUCGGCAUCAUGGCACCCAAGAAGAAAGGGAAGAAAGGUAAAGCCAAAGCUGCCCCGAUUGUGGAUGGGCUUGCUCCAGAGGAUAUGAGCAAGGAGCAGGUGGCCCCUCCCUUCUCUCUUCCUCCCUGAAUCCACACCCUUUGCCAGGGCCCUUCCGGGCUGGGCUUCGGGGUCCCUGACCUACCUGCCCGGCCAGGUGGAAGAGCACAUCAGGCGCAUCCGGGAGGAGCUAGAUCGGGAGCGGGAGGAGCGCAACUACUUCCAGUUGGAGCGGGAUAAGAUCCACACAUUCUGGGAAAUAACACGGAGGCAGCUGGAGGAGAAAAAGGCUGAGCUGCGAAACAAAGACCGGGAGAUGGAGGAGGCUGAGGAAAGGCACCAGGUGGAAAUCAAGGUGUACAAGCAGAAGGUGAAGCACCUGCUAUAUGAGCACCAGAACAAUCUGACUGAGCUGAAGACCGAGGGUACUGUAGCCAUGAAGCUGGCCCAGAAGGAGCACCGCAUGCAGGAGGGCGCACUGCGCAAGGACAUGCGUGUGCUCAAGGUGGAGCUCAAGGAGCAGGAACUGGCCAGCGAGGUGGUUGUGAAGAACUUGCGGCUGAAACAUGCUGAGGAGAUCACCAAGAUGCGGAAUGACUUUGAGAGGCAAGUUCGAGAAAUUGAGGCCAAGUGUGAUAAGAAGAUGAAAGUGCUGAGGGACGAGCUUGAUCUGCGAAGAAAAACUGAGAUCCACGAAGUGGAGGAGAGGAAAAACGGUCAGAUCAAUACACUGAUGCAGCGCCAUGAAGAGGCCUUCGCUGACAUCAAGAACUACUACAAUGACAUCACGCUCAACAAUCUGGCCCUCAUCAACUCCCUCAAGGAUCAGAUGGAGGACAUGCGCAAGAAAGAAGAGCACCUCGAGCGGGAGAUGGCGGAAGUGUCCUCACAGAAUAGGCGCCUGGCAGAUCCCCUCCAGAAGGCCCGGGAUGAGAUGGCUGAGAUGCAGAGGAAGAUUAGAAACUAUGAAAGGGAUAAACAGAUUCUGGUGAGCACAAAAACACGUUUGAAGGUUACUGAGAAGGAGCUGAAGGACCUGCAGUGGGAACAUGAGGUGCUGGAGCAGCGUUUCAUCAAGGUGCAACAGGAGCGGGAUGAGCUCUACCAAAAGUUCAUGGCAGCCAUCCAGGAGGUGCAACAGAAGACUGGUUUCAAAAACCUGCUGCUAGAGCGCAAGCUGCAGGCCCUGAGUGCUGCUGUGGAAAAGAGGGAGGUGCAGUUCAAUGAGGUGCUGGCAGCCUCCAGCCUGGACCCUGCUGCACUGACGCUUGUGUCUCGCAAACUUGAGGAUGUUUUGGAAUCAAAGAACGCCACCAUCAAGGACCUGCAGUAUGAGCUGGCACGGGUCUGCAAGGCCCACAAUGACCUGCUGCGCACAUAUGAGGCAAAGCUGCUAGCCUUUGGGAUCCCCUUGGACAAUGUGGGCUUCAAGCCUCUGGAGACAGCUGUAAUUGGGCAGACGCUGGGCCAGGGCCCUGCAGGACUCGUGGCUACACCAACGUAGCCACCAGGUUGUUACAUGCAACGAAGCCUGCUGUUUUACGCCAAGGACAGAAAGUUUUUGUUUUUUAGAGUUCACCAUCAGCAAAUGAAGUUUUCCAUGUUUUACUUAUUUUUCUCUUUCCUGCCUCUGUGGAGGAGACCUGUUUGUAGAACCUCAACCCUGGCAUCACAGUUGGCCCCUCCCUGGUUGUGUUGUGGCCAUCCUCCUCUCCCAGCCUGCCCCUGACUUCAGUGGCUCCUCAGAGGACCCUUGGCCACUCUGGUCUAGGGUGUGUAUUGUUCCUGGCUCAACACCAGCAGCAGCUUUGCAGAUGCCAACACUGACUUUAUUGACACUUGAGUCAUGGCUACCCCCUGAGAAAUUCCCAGGGGGCCAGGAAGGACCUCCUCUAGGAAGCUGGUGACCCUAGUGCUGCAUAAUGAGUAAGGAGUCUACUCCGUUGAGGGCUGGGUAGGCUCAGCAAGUGUGUGUAUGGGGCAGAUGGUCAACGCUAGCUUCCUUGGUAUGUGGUGUAGGACCAUGGGCUCAGCAGCAGGGGCACGUGGAUCUCCUGAGUUUCAUUUGUGAUGGUAAAGACAACCUAAAAGAAGCAGAGAAGGUACGGGAAGACAGCGAGAGAACACAGUACCGAAGCUGUGCCUCACUGCUUCCUGGGAGCAUUUAGCAGCCCAGACUGUAGGGUGGAGUCAGUUAGAGCCUGGUGGGGGACAGGAGCCCUCCCCAGAUUUGAGGAAUCAUUAUGCUUCCUUGGAGACAGUGCCAGGGAGGCUGUAGCCCCAGGCUUGUUGGAUGUGAAAAAGGCCAGGUUCUGUGAUAGUAGCUCCAGAUGAGGGAAAGGUCCAGUGAGCUGCAGUCUUGGCUGAGAUGCAAACUUGUCUACAAAGGAGGAUGAAUCAUCCUUGAGCUGGCCUCCAAAGGCUAACCCAGGAGCAGCUCUGGCAUGGGUAUGUCAUCAUGAUGCCUCUGAUGCCUCUGAUAUCUAGACACUGAUAUGCCAAUGAUGCCUUUGAUAUCUAGACAUUUUCUGAGAGUUCAUAGCAGGUGAGCUCAACCUGCCUGCCACUACCCAGGAUGAGGUGAGAUCAGUCUGCCCAUGGCCUGGAUAAGGUUUGGCCUGCAGGACCUAACCAGUAGUCCCAGUGUCAGGGACCUCCACCCAUCUGUUGCCUUUACCUCUACAUAUGGGUAGAAGCUGUCUUGUCCCAUCUUCUUCCAGUAGCUCUCAGUGUUGAAUGACAGCUUGUAGAUGCCUGGCUUCAUCUGGCCUGACCUCAGAAGGCCAGGGCAGUGGCCAUCUGCAUCUGUGUAGCUGGGGAGCAGACAAGACUGCAGAGAUGGGAGGAAGAACUGGCCUAGCCCCCGCUUCCUACUCUGCACCCUGGAUGCCCACACACUCCUCACAGCCUGAUGCAGAUGUGCAGAUAAGGGGUACCAUCUCCAAGGACACUGUUGUACUGAUCGUUUAGGAAAUCACAACCCAGAAAAGCCAGAAGGGAAAAAUAUCUUCCACAGUACACUCUGAGCAAUAAUCCCUAUAUUUUGCAAUAUACUUUUGUAGAUUUUUCUUGAUGUUUAAGUAUAUUUUAGAAACUUUUAAAAUAUAAAAAAAUAGAUUAUAUGAAUUUUGUUGUUUUAUAACCUGCUUUUUAUUUUUUGAGAAUUGCUAUGUAGUUCAAGCUGGCUUCAAACUCAGAGCAGUUAUCCUGCUUUAGCCUCCUGAGUGCUGGGAUUACAGGUGUAUGCUACCAUGCCCAGCUCCAUUACCUGCAUUUGUUAUAUGGUUUAUCAAUCCUGGCUUUCUGGUCAGUAACUGUACUAAAGCCCCAUCUCAAUGGCUGCCACUUUCCAGCUGCAUUGAGGAGCCAGGUGGGAGUGAAGUGAUCCUUUGUCCAGGGUUCUGAAGUCCUGCACUUCUGGCAUGUCACCUCUGGGAAAGCCCUGUGUCAUUCUGACCGGCUGCUGCUUCACUGUGGUGAGAGGGCAAGGGAGGUACAAGUGCAGGACAGGGGGGUGUGAAUGGUUCUCUUUGGCCCCCUGCUGCCUGGAGAUGGGCCCUGGACCCUGGCCCCAGCUUCUGUGGAGGCUGAGUGGGGAAGGAGGGAUCUGCACUCAAACCUUGGGCCUUUGUGCACACCUAAAAUGGCGACUGUCCCAUCCCUGUGUUCAGGCAAGGAAACUGCCCAAGUAGGAAGGAGGUAGGUUGUGAACCAGGCUUUGGGUUCCUGGACCUGGGGGAACAGUGGGCAGCAGCCCUCAGUGUUCCUGGGGAGACAGAAGGGGAACUGCUGGGGAAAGGGAGAAAAUGCCUUGGUUUCCCUCCCUGCCCCAGUGCCUCCUACCUUUCCCUCAGCACUGUCCACUGCUGGUUGGGGUCCUCUAGCAGCAUUUGUUGGAAAGGUCCUGGGCAGAGGCCCUGGGCCAGGAGCCCCGAGGUGGUAUCCAGGACAUGUGUGGUCAGUGGACUGCUUCUGGGCUCCAUGCCACUGCUCUGACCUACUGACUACCUGGGGCCCGAGCACAGACCCCCUUCGGUCCUCUGCCCACACUGAUAUGACGGGGUCCACAGCCCAGCUGUCAGGGCACAGCUGGGGGAAGAGGGCAGUGGAAGCACCAGGUUUGUGAACAAUGCACCCAGCCUGUUGUGUCUGGCCUGCCCUUGACCCUGCCGUCCAGCCAGCCUUCCCUGGUUGUGGGUCCCGUGGGAGCUUAACCCCCAGGUAACAGGGGACAGGAACCUUAAGGGUCAACCAUGCCUUGCCUUAGCUGGAGCCUGGGUGACUCUGGAGUGUCAGCAGCUGCAGAACCUCCAGCUCAGAGGUUACUGGUCGAGUAUAUGACCACUCCCAGGGGCAGGGCCUGGGGCGGGGCCCGGUGGGUCCCUAAGCUCAGGGAAGGCAUAGAAAGUGGCAGUUUUAAGAGAAGUUCCUAGGCAAGAUAUGUAAAGUUUCUAGUUUGACUAGUCUGCCAGGGCUCGGGACCUUGCCUCAGUUUCCUCACAAGUAGCACAGAGAGGCCAGGGUGGGCCUCCUGCCUCUCCACCGCCCCCUGCUCCAGCCUCACCCCAUGCCUAAGGGUGGAAGGGCUGUGCUGUGUGUAAAGAGCAAAACAAGUGAUGGCUUUGUGCAGGUUUGAAUGCAUCCCCAAAUUAAAAUUUUAUAGGUAACAUGCAGAGAACAGAUUUUGGCUUUAUUAGGUAACCAUAAUACACAAGGGAAUUCUUUAACAUCUGGCUCUCCUGUAUUCAAAAUCAUGAUGUUGGUUACUGGUUGUCUUGCUCUGGUGUAUGGGUAUUUUUAUUCUCCUUGCAAAAUUGUAUUUCUAAUUACUCCACAGUGAGCAUGGAUUAUUUGUGGGGCAGGAAUCUGUGCCCUUUAGGACAAGGGCAGGAGACCCAACAAAGGCUGGGAGUCCAGUGGAAACCAGUUAGGGUAAUUAGGAAGUAUCUAGCUGAGAUCUGCAUGCACCUUACUUCCAGAGACAUUUGUGUUUAUGUUGUCCAAAGCCUUUUGGUUCCAGAGACCAGAAACAACCAGCCAGACUGUCCUGCUGAGGACAGUUAAGGAAGCCAUCCUUCUGGAAACAUAAUCUGUUGAAGAACUGUGUGUGGUAGGUGGUAAGCUCAAGCCAGCUGUGAUGGUGCAUACAAGUACCAGCCCAGUGUGGGCAAUUUAGCAAGUUAGAAUCUGUUCAUAAUGAAAAAAAAUGGUAACAGGGCUGGGAUGUAGACCAGUAGGAAGGCCUUAGGUUCACUACCCAGUAUCUCCCACCAGAAAAAGUCGAAAGGCUGGUAAUUUUUUUUUUUUUUUUUUUUGGUACCAGGGAUCAAACUCAUGACCUCAUACUUGCCAGGCAAGCAUUUAUGCCACUGAGCUAAAUCCCUGGCCCAAGGCUGAUAAAUUUAUAGCUUCCAUUAGAUGAAAAAGUUCAGCCCACCUAAACCCACAAUAACUUGCCAUUGUUCAAAGGAAGAAACUGAGGCACAAAAGAAUAUUUCUGGGACUUCUGGGAGAACAUGGCAGACAUAUAACAGCAGCCAUGGAGGCUCUCUGAGAUUACCAGUUUAGAAUCCAGGAGUGGUGCCAUGUGAGGAGUCCUACGUGAGGGGAGAUGUACCCUGCCGACCCAGGAAUGAACUAAGCUGAGACAAACCAACUGGAAAUGCAAUCCUGAUGCUAUCAGAGGAACAGAUAAAAUCUCAGUGCGGAAGCUGAUUCCGCGCCAUUGGAAGCCGCGAUUUGAAUUUCCUGCUGUCAACACUGCGUCCCAAUCCGCACGGCAGGGAGAGAGAUGUGCGAAAGCUCUGAGAGCUGGAAUCGGUGAACCAAACGGCGUUGAGAGCGAGACUGGCAGGUAGCCCUGCAUCGACCUGCGGUGAGUGAAAGAAAUGGGGACCCUUUCAUAGACUAGGAGUCUCCAACAGAGGACAUUCUGGAAACAGACAGACUAGCCGGAAGAGGGCCCUGCAGUGACUUUAGUCGCAUGUUCCCCUCUCAAGCGGGAGUGGUGGGGAGGGCUUGGCCUGGUGACGCCGAGGACUAAGAUCCAGUAGGCUAGCCCAAAUCAGGUCCCUGCGCCUGGCGGUGCACCCUAGCAGUGAAGCACUCAGUGGGUUCACCUGGAGGGGCAGGCCUAGCAGAGGGUGCCCAGGUCUGUGUCUCCCUAGUACACUGCAGUGGGCGGGAACACCUAGCCGGUGGAUUCAAACAAACUGUAACAGACGAAGAGAAAAAAAAAAAAAAAAAAAAAAAAAACCAAAACUGGGCCUCCUACAUAUGCUUGUAUGGAAGGGACAAAGAGUAUGGUAAAAGGGAGCAACAAGAAAGGGUCCUCAGUCCCUAAUCCUGAGAAUACUGAUCCAGGAAAGGUAAAUGCAAAAGAGAAUGAAGACAAAACAUGCAAUAUCAGACACGGCACCUAUAGACAUAAAGCAGUAUCUCGGGCGCCUCAUAGACGAGUUCAAAAAUGAAGUAUUUAAUGAAAUAAAGCAAGAAAUAAGUAGAAUAGUUAGAGAAAUGCUAAGCACCGCCCAAGAAAAAACAGAUGGUGGAAUGGAAGAACAGAAAAAAAGGGGAGAAUUGUUUGAUGGAGAAAAUAGAGAAAACAUAGAAUAUGUGAAGCAGGUUCAAAGAGAUUACCAGGAAACUAAAAACUCUAUUGAAAGCUGGCAUAACAGCUUGAAAGAAACUAAGGAUAGAUUAUCAGAACUCGAGGACAGAUUUGUAAGGUGGGAGCAUGAAAUGAAAAACUUCUUAAAAAUAACAAGAAGACAAACAGCAAUAAUACGAAGACUAGAAGAUGAUAAGAGGAUCUAUAACUUAGGAACAUAAAAGAAGAAGUAGGGACUCAAACAAAUGAACUUCAAAAGCUAUUCACAGAAAUAAUCCAGGAGAAUUUCCCUAAUUUAGCAAAAGGUAAAGAUACUCAGAUGUAUGAGGCAUACAGGACCCCAGCCACUACAACCCAAACAGAGCUACACCCAGGCAUAUAGUAAUCAAAAUUCCAAAAAUCCAAUAUAAGAACAGAAUAUUAAAAGCCGUCAAAGACAAGAAACAGAUCACUUACAAGGGAAGACCCAUCAGAAUUACAGCAGACUUCUCGGCACAAACCAUCAAAUACGAAGAGCGUGGGGGGAAAUAAUUCAAGCUUUGAAAGAUAAUAACCUCCAGCAAAGAUUGAUAUAUCCUGCACAACUGUCCCUAGAAGUUGAUGGAAAAACAAGGUGCUUCCAGGAUAAAGAGGAACUAGGGGAAUUUGCAACCACCAAUUCAACUCUAUAGAGAUUACUGCAGGAUAUUCUAAAAAUGAAAAAUACCAAGAUUCCAGAAAUAGUGGCAGAGUGGCCACAAUGAAUGGAGCAGAAAGCAAAAUGAAGAGGACAAACUGACAAGUAAUGACAGAAAAAGAGCUCAACAGAAAUGAGGCAGAGUAGGUUGGAUGGUAGGAACAGCUAUUUUGGAGAAAACAAGACAUCAUAAUAGGUAGUGCUGAUUUAAUAUCCUCUUGUUUUAAAGUCCCAUCAAGCUUUUGUUCUUCUGUCUCCAUCGGUUUUAACAUGUUGUAUCUUAUUGGAUUUUAUUACAGGUGAUAAUAUAAACAAAAACUUUUAUAGACAAGGAGAUUAUACAGAAACCAUUGUUCAUUUUCUGUUAGUUGAUUCUAAAUACUCUGUAAUACUGUCAUUCUCUUGAACGGUUUUACAUUGUCUUGAUAUGUUUGAUGCUACAGUAUACGAAGUUAUACCCAAAGAUUUUAAGGGUAGAGACACUAUGGUAACUACUAUUAUGUUGAGAUUAUCUUGUGGUGAAACACUAUUUUGCUUAAAUGGCUAUGUUUUGACCUGUGCUGUUUUGCUGUUAUGCCUUCUUUUUUAAAUCUCAAUCUCCUUUUUAUUAUCUACUUUUUCAUUUUUAUCCUUUUAAUUAAGGGAAAAAUAAAUAAAAAAUAGGAUAUUAUAGUAACCCACUUUGAUUUCCUAUUAACUUGAUUUGAAACCCUGUAUUGCUCUCACCAUCUUGUUUUGACUGAUUUUCCUCUAUUCUGUUAUGCUUGAUAGUGCCAAGUUUGAAAGUAUAGGCAACAACUAUGACGACAAUAAGAUUUAUUAUGACGCCCAUUCUGGUUGACUAUUAUCUUCUUUUGAAGUCCUCUAAUGUCUCCAAUGUUUUGGUUUUAUUGGUCUUAUUCCUUACUGUUUUGUUCAAUUUUAGUAUAACUGAUGAUAUAGGCAAUUCUUUUUAAGAUAACAAGAGGCAUUAUGGUACCCAUUGUUGAUCACCUUGUAUUUUGUUUUUACAUUAUGUAUUAUGUGCAUCCUUUUGAUUUGACUGAUUCUGUCCUGGUAUGUCACAUUUGGUUUUACUUUCUUCAAAAAAAAAAAAAAGUAAUAAGAACUGUGGGAGUAAUAAAACCCAAAAUGUGUAAUUGUCAUUGUACAAAAGAAAGGAAAAGAAAGUUCUCUAAAAGGUAUAACUGCAUAUAUAUUUAAGUGUAUAGGAUAGAUAACCAUAUUACUGAGUUUUAUUGGAUCAUUGAACAAAACUGUUUGCAGUCUCACUGUUUGAAAGUCCCCUCUAUAUGCUUUAAUUUUGUAACUUCAACAACUAUUUCUAAGAUGACAAUAUGUAAUUAACUAGUGAUUUCCUACUGUUUAUUUUUUCUAAAAUUCUGUAUAAGUUUUACCCUUUUUUGUUUUUCUUUUUUCUCCUUAAAAAAAAAAAAGAGUAUUUCUGGUAUGAUACACUAAAAACUAGCCAUCACCUAAGAUAAGCAUUUUUGGACAAAGAUAUUUUUUUUCCUGUUUAACUUUUUGUGCUUUUGGAAUUUUUUUUUUAUUUUAAAGAGAAUAAAACAAAACAGAACAAAGCAUAUCAGAACAAAACAGUGCAAGCAAUACAGGAUUUCAAAACAAGACAAUAGGAAAUCAACAGUGGGUACCAUGUUUCUUGUUUUCUUUGAAAUAGUUGUCCAUGUCUUCCCACACAAUGAAUUCAAGCAAGACAAAAUGGUAUAAAACUGAUAAAAACAAAAGAAUGAAAGCAUUAUCAGUAUUUAAAACCAGACAGUCGGAAAAUCAACAAUGGAUUUCAGAAUCUCUUGUUCUCUUCAAAAUAGCUGCCCAGGUUUUCACACAGAUUGAAAUUAAAUAAUACAAAACAGACUAAAACCAAUCAAAACAAACAAUAAAAGCAUUCCUGGACUUCACAACAAGAUGCCAGGAAAUGAGCAAUGGCUACCAUAAUGUCUCAUUUUCUUCAAAGUAGCUGCUUGUACCAUCAUGUAAUAAAUUCAAUUCUUGUAAACUCUAGACGUUUUAGGCAUGUACAAGCCUGUACAUGUACAUCUGUCCUUUCUGUAUUAAAGGGAAAAACAAAAACAAAACAAAAACAAAAACAAAAAAAAGGGAGAGAAAAGCAAGAAACCAAAGAGUCAAAUAAAUAACAAUAACAAAGAGAAACAGGAACUAUAUAGUAACAAUACAGGCUUUCAAAACAAGUUGAUGGGAAUAUCACCAAAGUUAUUUUGCAUAGUAAUCUUCAAGAGAGUGAGUCACAUUACCAGAUAAAAACAUGCAAAAAUGGAUUUAAUCCUAUGAAUCUGAACUGUUUUCUUCCAAGAAUUAACAGAAUUAGUAGCACAAUCAUCUUAGCGAUCUAAAGAAUGCAUAUACAAAUUUAUAUCAUUUUUCUUUUCCCUUCCUACUUUUCUCUGUUUCCUUGACUUAUUUCUUCUCCUUUGAGCAGUUUCUUACCCUUUCACAAUGUUUACUGACGAUUUUGUAUCUUAUUUACUCUUUCAGUUUGUUAUACCAGGGAGACGAUAUGGUAUGUACACAUGUGAGUUUGAUUUAUUUACUUACGAGUAUGGUCUCAAGUUGCAUCCAUUUACCUAUAAAAGCCACUGAAUGAUCCUUCUUUAUGGCUGAGUAGUACUCCAUUGAAUAAAAAUACCACAUCUUUUUUAUCCAUUCCUCAA